ACCCAAGUCGUGAUGUGCCGUUUCAUUUUCAUUUUCCUCCUAUGGAAUUACGCGACACGAGUAGAUACAGUUUCCAUUGCGGAUGCACCAGCACUUCGUCCAACACGUAUCGUCAACGGUGAAGAAGUCAGAGAUGGAGAGGUGACGUGGCAAAUAUCCUUGCAGCUAUCGUUGGCCGUAAGCGGACAAGCCCGGCAAAGGACAAUGUCUCAUUUUUGUGGAGGAGCGAUCAUUAAUAGCCAAUGGGCUAUCACGGCAGCACACUGUGUUUACCAAAAAAUGUACAUCACCUCUGAUAACUUGUUCAUUGUCUUUAACACAACAAAUAUGAAACUGCCUGACGCUGCUAACAUUGGCGUGGAAAAAAUCUUUUCGGCCAAUUACAAUGAGAAAACGAAAGAAAACGACUUGGCAUUGUUAAAACUUAAGGAAAGUAUUUACAAUGUGACGGAGUCAUUUGGCGCUGUUUCGUUGCCGUCCGAGUCCUUUGAUCCAUCGGGGGACUGCGUUGUAAGUGGAUGGGGCUACAAAAAAGCUAAUGCUGGUUAUACACCGGACCACCUAAUGGCCGCUAAUGUCACAAUAUUAACAGAUGAAGAUUGCCAACAACGAUUCAGUCCUCAUUAUACGAUCUACCCCGGGAUGAUUUGUGCAGGUGGCAAAGAAAAGGACGCGUGUCAGGGAGAUUCUGGAGGGCCUUUGGUGUGCAAGAGCUCAACAGGACAAAACGUUCUGACAGGGAUAGUUAGCUGGGGCAUUGGAUGCGCGACUCCCCAUAUUCCCGGCGUUUACACCAAGGUGGCUAAGUACAUGGAUUGGAUUAACAAAAUAAUGGCCGAUAAUUAAGGUUCAGUGAACCCUACCCGUAACUUCUCCAAAACCGUUUAAAAUUCCCAGUCAACUUUCCAACACAAUUUAUUAGAAAUUUAAUACCUGUUAUUUUUUUAUUCACAAAUGACUUGUUUCUUCUCUGGAUUAUUUGAUGUUUUGUCCUCUUCUUCUUCACUGUCAGAGACGGAACUGGCACUGGACAAACAAUCGGAAUCGUUUCCAGCAUCCACAGCCUCGGCAGCUGAUGAUUUCUAAAAAUUUUAAAAAUCAGAGAUAGAAAUUUUAAUCUAAAUUCCGGUCCGUUAUACCCAGAUACAAUUUAUUUGUAUCAUAUUUGUCUAAUUGGCUUAAGAUGAUAGGAAAAUAAAUGUUUUUUUCUUCAAAAA